UGCAGCAGGUGGUCAUUGUGUGCAGUGGACAAGUCAUGUGAAUGGAAAUAUUACGUUUUAAUAUUUUUUUAAUGACAACGCGUGAUAAAAUAUUUUAGAACGUGUUUUGACGGCUUAAUUUUCUUACUUGAAAGGUGUGUGAUUAUAAAUCCAGGAGUGAAACUCAGAAUAGUUGCUGUGUCUUGAGAAACGUGGUUUUAUGAACCGCUUAUAUUGCAUUUUUCGCGGCGAACCAUGGCUUUCGCUAAAUUCAGCAAAAUACUUCGCCUGUCUAAUUUUGACAUAAAAAAGAAGGCAAAACAAUAUGAGCACGUUCAUCGAGACAUCAAUCCUAAUGACCAAUGGGAAAUUAUCGGAGAGUUGGGUGAUGGAGCUUUUGGAAAAGUUUACAAGGCCAAAAAUAAGGAGACUGGAGCGCUGGCUGCAGCCAAAGUCAUUGAGACGAAGACUGAGGAGGAGCUGGAGGAUUACAUGGUGGAGAUAGAUAUCCUGGCCAAGUGUGACCACCGCUACAUCGUCAAGCUGUUGGACGCCUUCUACCAUGAUGCCAAGCUCUGGAUCAUGAUCGAGUUCUGCCCCGGAGGAGCCGUAGACGCUACUAUGUUAGAGCUGGACCGGGGCCUGAUGGAACCUCAGAUCCAGGUGAUCUGCAGACAGACGCUGGAGGCCCUGGUCUACCUCCACAGCAUCAAGAUCAUCCACAGAGACUUGAAGGCCGGGAACAUCCUCCUCACCCUGGAGGGAGACAUCAAGCUAGCGGAUUUUGGGGUGUCAGCGAAAAAUACCAAAACCCUACAAAGAAGGGACUCUUUCAUAGGAACACCAUACUGGAUGGCUCCGGAGGUGGUGAUGUGUGAGACCAUGAAGGACGCUCCGUAUGACUACAAGGCUGACAUCUGGUCCCUUGGUAUCACCCUGAUCGAGCUGGCACAGAUCGAGCCCCCGCACCACGAACUCAACCCCAUGAGGGUCCUGCUGAAGAUAGCCAAGUCUGAGCCCCCUACCCUGGAGCAGCCCAACAAGUGGUCACAGGAGUUUAAGGAUUUCCUGAAAAAGUCGUUGGAUAAGAAUCCGGAGAGUCGGCCAAACGCAGCCCAACUCCUGGAGCACCCCUUUGUCUGCUCGGUGAAGACCAACAGACCCUUGCGAGAGCUGGUUGCCGAGGCGAAGGCUGAAGUCAUGGAGGAAAUCGAGGACAAUCGAGAGGAAGGAGAGGAGGACGACACCGCUGAGCUCUCAGUCCCAGUGCCUCCAGGCAAGGACCCGUCUCAAACCAGUCAGACCAGUCUACAAGGGGACAAUGCCCCAGACACACUCACCAAAACCCCCGUGGGGGCCGACGCCAAACCCCCCGUGAGACCUUCCCGCACGAGGGAUGGCCAGCUGAUCGACCGACAGCUCCCUGAUGAGGGCAUCAGCAUUGUGGACUCUGACAAGCCCGAGAGCGAGACCUCUGGCAAGGCCUUCUCCAGCUCCGACUCGGGCAUCGAGGAUGGAAAGAGCACCUCGGAUGAGAGCAAGCCUGUGGACACCCCUCUGACAGAGAACCCGGCCCUGCUGGCACAGCCAGAGAUGGUACCAAAAAUACCCCAAAGCCAGUUAGUGGUGAAGGGAGGAAGCGGCAACAUGGCCAGUGGGGAGGUGCCCGUAAUUGGGGGAAAAGGGCCCACCACCCCUACACCAGACCCCACACCUUUGAUCGGGCUGAACGGCAGCAUGAGGGGGCCUUCGAAAAGGGAGAGGGUCCCCAUAGGGGCUAACAUGGACAACCUGAUGGCCCACCACAACGCCAAUGGCAUCUCCAAGAGGUACUCUGAUGCGGGCAGCGUGUCUGCUUCUGAGAGCAUGGACAUCAGCCUCAACCUGUCAGGAGACAUGUCAGUCAACAAGGACGAUGGAUCCCUUUGCCCCAGGGUGGACUCUCGUUUCUCCAGUAAGACGUUGAAGCGCACCAGGAAGUUUGUCAUUGACGGCUUGGAGGUCAGCGUGACCACAUCCAAGAUCAUUGGCGAUGAUGAGAAGAAAGAUGAAGAGAUGAGGUUCCUCAGGCGUCAGGAGCUCCGGGAUCUGCGGCUGCUGCAGAAGGAGGAGCACCGCGCUCAAGCGUUACUGAACACAAAGCUGGACGCUCAGAAGGAGCAGAUGCAGCGACGCUUCGACCAGGAGAUGAACGCGAAGAAGAAGUACUACGACACGGAGCUGGAGAGCCUGGAGAAGCACCAGAAGCAGACCAUCGAGAAGAUGGAGACGGACCACGCCAUUAAGCUCCGGGACGAGACCAAACGCAUCCGCUCCGAACAGGACCGCGACUACAACAAGUUCCAGGAUCAGAUGAAGCGCAACAAAAAAGAGGUGAAGAAUGAGAUUGAGAAGCUCCCCAGAAAGUCACGGAAAGACAGCAUGAAACAGAGCAUGAACACCUUUACACAGAUGAAACAAACUGAGGAGCGGAACUUCCUGUCGGCCCAGAAGAACCACCUGGACACGACGCUGAAGAGGAUCAUCUCGGAGAACAAGAGGGAGAUCUCCGAGACAGAGAGGCAGUGUCUCAACAAGAAGCAGAACCUUGUCAGAGACAGGGAAGCUACUAUCUGGGACCUAGACGAGAAGAUCCUUCAUGAGAAGCACCAGUUAUUGAAACAGCAGCUAAAAGACCAGUACUUCUUCCAACGGCACCAGCUGCUCAAGAAGCAUGAGAAGGAACAAGAGCAGAUGCAGUGCUACAACCAGAGGAUGAUUGAGCUGCUGAAGGCCCGGCAGCAGCAGGAGAAGGGUCGCCUGCCCAAGAUCCAGCGCAGCGAGGGCAAGACCCGCAUGGUCAUGUUCAAGAAGAGCCUCCGCAUCAACUCCACGGGCAGCUCGUCGGAGGACCGCGAGAAGACCAAACAGUUUGCCCAGCAGGAGGAAAAGCGUCAGAAGGCUGAGCGGCUGCACCAGCAGCAGAAGCAUGACCACCAGAUGAGGGACAUGGUGGGCCAGUGUGAGGGCAACGUCAGGGAGCUCCAGCAGCUACAGAAUGAGAAGUGCCACCUGCUCAUUGAGAACGAGACUCAGAGGCUCAAGUCUCUGGAUGAGCAGCACAACCAGCAUCUCAAGGAGUGGAGGGAGCAGCUCAAGCCUAGGAAGAAGGCUCUGGAAGAGGAGCUGACUCAGAGGAAGAGGGAACAGGAGGUGUUCUUUAAGAUGAGUGAGAACUCCGAGUGCCUGAGUCCCAGCUCCCCAAACAAACUCACCAAGUUCCUCCCUUACUCUGAGUCCUCUACCACGUAGACUGGCAUCUCUCCCCCCUCCAAACAUCCUACCGCCUUAUCCCACACCAUACCCAGAAGGACCACUGUCAGCUGCCUUAGUCCUCCUGAACUUUUCAUUCAUUUUUAAGGAGUAGUUAUGUUUUAAGUCCUGUUUAUAAGAUUUUAUCAUUUUAUUAACCCAAGAUGGCAAAGCUUGGUCAUAUUUUCUUUGAGGAUUGUCUUUAACUCCACAUGUGCAUCAGGCUGCUUGAUAGAUAGGGUGUUCUUCAUCCAUGCAGCGUUACCUUUUUCAUUCAUAUUAAUAUUGCCUACAGCACCAAAUUGACUCAGAUCCCCAUUGGUUUGUCUACCCAAUAAGCAUGAGACUAACCUAUAGUUAGAAGGGUGUGGUGGGGAGAUGCAUCCCAUAUCCCAAAGAGGGUCAGCUGAGGAGCAGUAGUUUAGGUGCAAUGUGGAACAUAAGAAAAAAAGGUACUUCAGACAAUGCUGUGUUGGUGGGAGUCAAUGAACACACUUUUGUUUCACUGCAAUAUCGGUCUUCUUCCAAAGAGUUUAUCGCUUAAUGAACACACCCAAGUAUGGCGCACAUAAACUCAGCAAAAAAAGAAACGUCCUCUCACUGUCAACUGCGUUUAUUUUCCGCAAACGUCACAUGUUAAUAUUUGUAUGAACAUAAGCUUAAACAACUGAGACAUAAACUGAACAAGUUCCACAGACAGGUGACUAACAGAAAUUUAAUGUGUGGGGGGGGGUCAAAAUAAAUCAGUAACUGGUGUGUCCACCAACUGGAUUAAGUACUGCAGUGCAUCUCCUCAUGGACUGUACCAGAUUUGCCAGUUCUUGCUGUGAGAUGUUACCCCACUCUUUCACCAAGGCACCUGCAAGUUCCCG